AUGUCCGCACUAGACUCCGUAGAUGUCGGUACCCCGCCGCCUGUACUCGAGUCCUCCAAGAUCUUCGCCGCCACGCGCACCCCCGCCCCCCAACGCAGCCGCUCCGAUUUCCCAAUUAUCCCCAUCAUUCUGAUGACCGCCAUUAGCUCCGGCGCCUACGUCUUCCUCGUCAAGUCCCGCGUCGGCAACAACCCCUCCCGCUCAAACUAA